AUGAUAGAAUUAGCUUAAAAUGGAAUAAUAUAAGAAGAUGACUUUAAUCAACCAGAAUUACAAGACCUAGAAAACGAGGAGUAUACAUCCAUAUAAACAAUAUUCCAAGGAUUGAAGGAGAUUAGAUAAUUCCAACUAAACAAUAAUUAUGAGUCUGAAAUUAUCAAGGAGUAAUGCUUGUUUUAUUUUAACUUUACAAAGGACCAAAGCUUUUACAAUGAAUCUUAGUAAGCGAUAAAUCCAAAGAUAAUUAAAAGUUGGAAUGAUGGAUUUCUAAAAAACGAUAAUGAUUAGUAAAUUAUAGCAUACUUUUAAAAUAUUCUUUAAACGAAUGGAAAUUCUGAAGUAGUAAAUUAUCGUUAAUUAUCAAAAAUAAAACUCUUUGUGAAAUUAUUUUUGCAAAAAAAAUAAAUUUUAAAGAUUGAAUUUUGUAGUUUAAUUCAAUUAAGAGUAGGAUGAAGAAAACAUAAACUUAAAAAUGAAACAUAGAAUAUAUUAAUUAUUUGAAGGAUUUUUUGAAGAACCUUAAGAGGAUAUCAUGAUAUUUUGUGUAUUAAGUAAGGCGGAAAAUAUAAACGGUGAUUAGGAAGUUAAUUAAUGUGAUAAGUUUGGAUAAAUAUAUUGUUUUAACGAAGAAUAAUUUAGAAAUGAACUGAUACAUAUAGAUAUCUCUUAAAUCACUAUAAAUUAUUUUAACUAAAUUAGCAAUCAUAAUAUUAACGUAAUGCAGUAGGUUAACUAUUUUAAAUCCAUUGGAUACAUUUGCAGUUAAUACAUUUAAACUAAAGUAUAUAGUUUGUUUGAUUAACUCAUGAAAACACUUUCCCUAUUAAAAUUUUAACUUAAAACUUUAUUAGAGUUGCCAACAAACUUAAAUGAGUAAGUAAAUUUAAAUCAUAACAUAAAAAAAUAUUAAGAUGAUUUAAAAGAAUUAAUCGAAAAAAUAAAUGAAAAAAUAACUAAUUAAAUAUAAGGAUUAUAAUUAUAUUAAUUAGUUAACAAUAUCUUAACUACAGUAAGGGAGUCUUCAGAAACAAUUAAACAAGAUAUAAAAAAUAUGUCCGAAGUUCCAAAUAUUUCUUGGAUAAUUAAAGAAUAUCUAACUAAAUAAGAAAAUAACAUUCUGAAUUUUCAUAAUAAUUUUUAACCAUAAUAUAAUGAUAUUUUGGAAUAUUUCAAGGAAUAUUAUACAUAUGAUUAUGUAAAGGAAACAAUAUAAACAUUUUAAAAUUAUCUAUUGUUUUGGCUUAAUCAUUAUGAUUCUUACAUACCUCAAAGACUCUCAUAAUUCAGUCGUUUAUUCAAUAACCCAAAUAUCUCUUAAAGUACAUACGAUAGUGAGAACGUUGUUGUGCUAGGAUUGAGUAAAGUAGGAAAGAGUACUCUUUUGAAUAUUGUAAAUAGUCCAAAUAAUAUGAUAUUAGAAGAACCAUACCCAGAUAGUUACCGUUUUAAUGUAAUUGAUGCUGAUAAAGCUAUAGAAAUUUCACAUGGGAACAAUAGUUAAACUUCCUAAAUAUUCGACUUAAAGAUAGCAACUAAUAAUUCUCAUUUGAUAUUUAUUGAUACUCCUGGAUUCGAAGAUACACUUGAAGAAAGAAGAUUGGCUAAUCAAAUCAACAUCUUUUAUAUAUUAAUAAAAUCAAAAUAAUUUGUCAUUUUAUUCAUGAUAGAUGGAGAGGGACUUAUUUAAUCAAAACGAGGUUUAUAGGAAUAAAUAAAACUUACAAAUAGUUUUUUUAAUGAAUAACUAAAUUCAUAAUAUUUAGAGUAGAUUCUUAUUCCUGUAUUUACAAAGGUGAGUGAAGCUACGAUGGAAAAAAUUUAAAGAGAAUGGGAAACAGAGACCAUGAAGGAUUGCGAUAACCUGGUAAAGGAAUUUUUAAGGAUUAUAAAAAAAAAAAUUGAUAGCAAUUAAUACAUUUUAAUACUUAACGCAAGGAGUUAUUUCACAAGUAAUUUGGAUGAGCUUAAAGAAGAGUAUGCAAAGAAACUAAAUGAAAUAUAAGUGUUAAGGUAUUCAAGCACAGAGUAAGACAAAAACCUUCUUAAUUAAAAGAGGAAUGAGAAGGAGGAUAUUGAAUUAUAAAUAAAACAUCUGGAGGCUAAUAAGUAAAAAAUUCAAUAUAACAUCACUGGUUCAAGUAUUAGUGAUUUAAGAGAAAAGAUUUUAAAUUAAUGUUAAUUAUUAAUUAUAAAUUAAUAAAGGGAAGAAUAAGUUUAAUUAAAAUUAUAAUUAUCUUUAACUAUGAAGCCUAGNAAAGUAUAUAGUUUGUUUGAUUAACUCAUGAAAACACUUUCCCUAUUAAAAUUUUAACUUAAAACUUUAUUAGAGUUGCCAACAAACUUAAAUGAGUAAGUAAAUUUAAAUCAUAACAUAAAAAAAUAUUAAGAUGAUUUAAAAGAAUUAAUCGAAAAAAUAAAUGAAAAAAUAACUAAUUAAAUAUAAGGAUUAUAAUUAUAUUAAUUAGUUAACAAUAUCUUAACUACAGUAAGGGAGUCUUCAGAAACAAUUAAACAAGAUAUAAAAAAUAUGUCCGAAGUUCCAAAUAUUUCUUGGAUAAUUAAAGAAUAUCUAACUAAAUAAGAAAAUAACAUUCUGAAUUUUCAUAAUAAUUUUUAACCAUAAUAUAAUGAUAUUUUGGAAUAUUUCAAGGAAUAUUAUACAUAUGAUUAUGUAAAGGAAACAAUAUAAACAUUUUAAAAUUAUCUAUUGUUUUGGCUUAAUCAUUAUGAUUCUUACAUACCUCAAAGACUCUCAUAAUUCAGUCGUUUAUUCAAUAACCCAAAUAUCUCUUAAAGUACAUACGAUAGUGAGAACGUUGUUGUGCUAGGAUUGAGUAAAGUAGGAAAGAGUACUCUUUUGAAUAUUGUAAAUAGUCCAAAUAAUAUGAUAUUAGAAGAACCAUACCCAGAUAGUUACCGUUUUAAUGUAAUUGAUGCUGAUAAAGCUAUAGAAAUUUCACAUGGGAACAAUAGUUAAACUUCCUAAAUAUUCGACUUAAAGAUAGCAACUAAUAAUUCUCAUUUGAUAUUUAUUGAUACUCCUGGAUUCGAAGAUACACUUGAAGAAAGAAGAUUGGCUAAUCAAAUCAACAUCUUUUAUAUAUUAAUAAAAUCAAAAUAAUUUGUCAUUUUAUUCAUGAUAGAUGGAGAGGGACUUAUUUAAUCAAAACGAGGUUUAUAGGAAUAAAUAAAACUUACAAAUAGUUUUUUUAAUGAAUAACUAAAUUCAUAAUAUUUAGAGUAGAUUCUUAUUCCUGUAUUUACAAAGGUGAGUGAAGCUACGAUGGAAAAAAUUUAAAGAGAAUGGGAAACAGAGACCAUGAAGGAUUGCGAUAACCUGGUAAAGGAAUUUUUAAGGAUUAUAAAAAAAAAAAUUGAUAGCAAUUAAUACAUUUUAAUACUUAACGCAAGGAGUUAUUUCACAAGUAAUUUGGAUGAGCUUAAAGAAGAGUAUGCAAAGAAACUAAAUGAAAUAUAAGUGUUAAGGUAUUCAAGCACAGAGUAAGACAAAAACCUUCUUAAUUAAAAGAGGAAUGAGAAGGAGGAUAUUGAAUUAUAAAUAAAACAUCUGGAGGCUAAUAAGUAAAAAAUUCAAUAUAACAUCACUGGUUCAAGUAUUAGUGAUUUAAGAGAAAAGAUUUUAAAUUAAUGUUAAUUAUUAAUUAUAAAUUAAUAAAGGGAAGAAUAAGUUUAAUUAAAAUUAUAAUUAUCUUUAACUAUGAAGCCUAGUUUAGAGACUGUUUUAAACUAAUUCAACAAAAUUAAUAGCCUUAUUGAUCAAUAGAUAUCAAAUGAAAUUGUUAAAAACAUUUUCUACAAAUCAAGAUCAUUCAAUGAAAUUCAGAGUUUACUCCCAAGUAUCUAAGAAAUUAUCUCAUAAUUUAAUGAAAAACAUAUAAAUUCUGAAGAAUUAUGGAUAGGCUUAUGUGAAAAAUUGAAUAUGCCCAAAAAUACAUGCUUUCUAGACGAAUACUUAUUUUAGAUAUAAAGAUUUCAUUAUUUAUACUCAACUUAGGUCUAAUAAUAAACUGAAGAAAUAACUUUGAAACUUGAAAAAUUAGAUCGCAAUAUAAAUUUAGUAUAAACAAUUUGUAAACAAAUAAAUGAUAUAAUAAUAAGAAACCACUAAAACAAAAGUAGGUUGAAAUUUCCUUACUUCAUUUAAAUUAGUCGUAGGAGAGAAAUUGCUAGAUUAUCAGAUAUUAGUCAAAUGCAAUCUUAGGACGAAAUUUUGCAACUUAUUAGAUUAGAAUAUCAUAAUAGAAAUCGAGAUAUUAACAUUUGA